CACUCGUGCUCCAACAAGGAAGACGUCGUCGUUCUUGUUGUUCGCCGGUUUCAGAAAAUGGAUGGAUGGAUGGAUGGAGAAAUUAUGGAGAAAUUAUGGAACAGCAGUGAACCUUCCCAGGAGUGGCUGCCCUACAAAGAUUUUCCCAAGAGAACAGCAAUGAGUCAGUCAGGAGGCCACAGAGGAACUCGGGACAACUUCUAAGGAACUGGAGGCCUCCCUUGCCUUAAUUCAGGUAUUGUCCGCACGCAGGAUGUCAGGUGCGGGCGAAGACGAAGUUGUGGAGACGUUUCUGGACGCGGCGUCUCGCGGAGACGCGGGCCAGGUGACGUCCCUGCUAUCCGCCGUCCCGUCUCUGCUCGAGCGGACGGGCCCGAGAGGAUGGACGGCGCUCAUGCUCGCCGCCAGGAACGGACAUCAAAACGUGGCCCAAACGCUACUCCAACACGGGUGUGACAGGAGUUUAGUGAACAGUGUUGGUCAAAGCGCGUCAGACGUGGCCAAGUUCUGGGGUCACGAGCACAUCUCCAUCCUAUUGGGCGACCUCGACGAGGAAGGAGACGGUGUCGGGUGCGAGAACUACUUCGGCCGCGAGCCUCUGGACCGUCUGAGCGCCAAGCGCACCGACAGCGUGUGGCUGGAGGACGGGAAGAAACAUCCCAGCUCAGUCUUUCUGCUCUUCUCCAACCUCAGCCCCAUGCUCUACCAGAACCAGGAGGGAGUGCAGCGUUUGUGCCGUAUGGGCUACGAGGCCGUCAAAGAUCUUGUGGAGAAGCCGGAUGCCGCGUUGGUCUUCCUGGGCGUGGAGAGGAGAAGCAGAACGGGAAGUGCGUCUGAGGAGCUCCCAGCCUGGUUUGCCAUCAGCAGCGACGAGGACGUAGCCGCGCUGCUCGGGCGCUGUCUGCACACGAAGCGGAAGUGCUCCUUCGCCUCCUCGGCGCACCGGGACCUGCUCAACCUCAGCGACGAAGACGCCGGUGAGGACGACGAUGACGUCGUCGCUUCACUGGUCAUCGGCAUACUGGCUCCAGCCCGCGCACUGCUGGCGUGGCACCGUCGUUACGCUUUCUGUUCCACAUGCGGUGGCGCCACCGUCUCUGAGGAGGGAGGACACAAGAGGAGCUGCCGGAAUCAACGGUGCCCCAGUAACAGGGGAGUACACAACACGUGCUACCCCCGCACUGACCCCGUAGUCAUCAUGCUGGUGGUCCACCCAGACGGUAACCAGUGUCUCCUGGGCCGGAAGAGCGUCUUCCCAGCCAGAAUGUUCUCCUGCCUGGCUGGCUUUGUAGAACCUGGUGAGACACUUGAGGCGGCAGCACGGCGUGAGGUGUGCGAGGAGAGCGGUGUGCGGGUGGGCGCCGUUCGCUACGUUUCCUGUCAGCCAUGGCCCAUGCCCUCGCAGCUCAUGAUUGGCUGUCUAUGCGUCGCCGUGACAACGGACAUCAGCGUAGACCGCAACGAGAUAGAGGAGGCCAGAUGGUUUCCGCGGCAACAGGUGAUGGAGGCGCUAUUGGGUGGAGGAUCCCGCCCGGGUCCCGCCCACUCGGGCCUCAUCAUCCCACCCAAACAGACCAUUGCACACCAGCUCCUACGACAUUGGAUCAGCACUGGCGCCAACCUAUGAACUUUGACCUCGGAUUUUCAAGGACCAGUUGUUGUGUGAAGAGCCUCGUACCUGUCAGAAAACAUUUCGACACCAUCAACAACAAAACAUAUAUUUCUCUCACUUAAAAGUAAAAGUGUCACAUACUUCA